AUGUCUUCCGCGGUGGGCCUAGUUGUGUGGCCCGAAGACUACAUGCCAAAGUGCCGGGACGGCGAGGCGCUCCGAGUGCCGCUGGAGAAGGCGUGCGCACGCGUUGAGGCGGCGGCCGGCAAAGAAGCGGGCGCGCGGAGGCGCCUUACCGGCGUCGCCACCGCCUACUCGUGUCUGCCUCACUACCGCAUCCCAGUCACGGGCACCGACGGCCGAGUCACGUUUCCGUAUCACUCGGAGACGCUGCUGUCGGAGGGUGACGAGCGCGCGACGAUGGCGCUUGUCGUGCUGCAUGGCGCCUACCGCGAUGCCGACAGCUACUUCUGUGCCAUGUAUGACAUCCAGCAUGAGCAAGGCUACCGCAGCGACGCCUUCUGGAACACUUCUCGGCCGAGCGGCGAUUGGCGCGCGGGCGCGCCCUCGUCGCCGGAGAGCGGGCAUGGCAGGACAGUCUCGUCAUUUGCGGCGGGCCAGCCCGCCUCUCGCUGGAACUGCCAAACAGACCAUUCACUGGUCUCGCCUCUUGGGCCGCAGGUGAUGGACACCUUCGUCAAGCUGCUGAGCGACGAGCGGCUCUUUCCAAAGCUGGAGGCCAUUACUCUGCUCGGCCAUUCCGCGGGAGGCCAGUUCGUGCAGCGUUACGCGCUCAUGACCGUCCUCCCCACGGCGCCCCGUGCGGGGCUUUCCGUGCGCUACGUCAUCGCGAACCCAUCGUCGUUCGCCUACCUGGACGCUUCACGGCCAGUCUACUCAUGCGGCAAGUAUGCCGCCCAUUCUGGCGUGCCGCACCGGGGAUUCUCCGCCGACGAGCCUGGAGCCUUUGUUUGCGGCGACGAAGCGUACAACGCGUGGCCGUACGGAUUGGAUGGCUGGGUGGGGGGUGCCACGGUCAAUCAGUCAAUCGCCAUCUACCCCGAGCGCGACGUCUCGUACCUCAACGGCCAGAACGAUACCUGCAACGACGGUCUGCCAGAGUGUGACUCCGAGUGCUGGCAGAGGGAUAACGAGGAGUCGCCGUGCUUCCGCAACCGGAUGGACACGCGCUGCCCGGCGAUGCUCACCGGGCCGUGGAGAAGGGCGCGCGGCGCGGCCUACAUGGCCUUCCUGCGCAAGUUUUACGGCGCCCCGAGCCGGCCCAUUCACCGGCACUACGUGGUCCCCGGCGCCGGCCACGACGCGAUGGCCGUCUUCGAGUCGGCGGCGGCGCUCUCACGGGUCUUUGGCAGCGGUGGCAACGGGAGCGGCAGAGAGGAGAUAUUGGAAGCCCGGGCGCUGUCUGGGCCGCGCGUGCGGCGCCGCUACCCAAAGAUAGCGGCGGCGCUCGCCUCGGAGCCGGGCGAUGAUCUUGAGGAGGAGCUUGAGAGGGGGAUGGAAAGGUGA